UAACGUUUAUAAUUAAGCAAUAGAAAAAAAGAUUAUAAGAUAAUCGGUAAAGUUUUGCAAGCUGUAUUUUGCCGAGAUAAUUUAAUUCAUAAAUGUACGCAUUUAAAAAUGGAAAAGAAGGAAUGAAAGAAAAAUUUUCCGUACUGGCCGGCAAUGAAAAACAACCGCCUCUAAGCGACCCCUAAGUAAAUCUUAGUACAAUCGCGUUUAAGUGCUAAGACGUCGGUCGUAAAGCGUCGAAGGAAGCAUAACGGUCUCAACAUGGCUGCUGUGAAUGCUGGAAGCGUUUUGAAAUUCGCCAAAUUAUCAGAUAAAGCAUUUGCACCCACGAAAGGUUCAGCUUUAGCGGCUGGAUACGACUUACGAAGUGCUUAUGAGUGCGUUGUACCGGCUCGAGACAGGAGUUUGGUGAAAACUGAUAUACAAGUACAGGUUCCUCCUGGCACUUAUGGCAGAAUAGCUCCAAGGUCUGGUUUAGCAUUGAAAAAUUUCAUAGAUGUUGGCGCAGGCGUCAUUGAUGCGGACUAUCGCGAAGAAAAUGUAUGGAAGCUGUGCCAGGAUGUCGCUACCAAACACGGAUCGGAAUUACAACAUUGUCACGUUGCUUUUAUAAGCAAUUCUCGACGUAGCGUUCCACUUUGGCGUCAACGAGCUGGCAAAGACGAGGACAAGCUCGUAGUUUGGGAUUAUCACGUUAUCCUCAUUUACGCGCCCGACGAGAGAGCCGUCGUUUACGAUUUGGAUAGCGCUUUACCAUAUCCAACGCACUUUUGGAAAUACGCUACGGAAACGUUCAGAUCGGAUGAAGCUUUGCGACCAGAAUAUCACAGAAGAUUCCGAUUGGUUCCCGCCAGUCUUUAUUUGCAACAAUUUGCCUCGAACCGGCAACACAUGAAACGCGAGGACGGCACGUGGAUCAAAACGCCACCCGAUUAUCCUCCGAUUUCAACGCCAACGUGCAAAGACAAUUUGGAUUCGUUUAUCAACAUGGACCCGGGUACCGGAUUAGGCACCGUCAUGAGCCUGAAACAGCUAGUGAACAGAUUCUAUAGGCCGAACGUUAACACACCGGCAUCACCCUCACCUCAGACGCAAGCAACUCCGACUUAAAAACGAACGACCUCAAGAACGAGUAUUUACGCGUACUCGAAGCCUUUUGCUUCCUUUGAGGAAAAAAAACAAAAAAAAAAAAGAAUAACAAAAAAAGGAAAAGAAAGAAUUUACAAAAUCAUUAUAUCGUGUGGCCUAAGAGAGAGAGAGAGAGAGAGAAAGAGAGAGAGAGAGAGAGAGAGAAAGAGAGAGAGAGAGAGAGAGAGAGAAUCGAUAGGUGCUCGUCGUAUCUACGACUCUCUUCCCAUCGAGGGAUUCGAUACACCUUUCGAAAUACUUACCCACAAGCGUCUCGUUGUACAUAGGUCGCGUGUCGUCUUGUCUUCUCUUCUUGUGUCCUCUUCUCGUGUCGCAACGCACACGAGCAGAAAAAUAUAUACAUAUAAUGGCGAAACGAGUCGAGUCGCGAUACGAGUUCUCGUAGUUCGCGACGAUCCUAUCGGAUAUUCGUUCGCUUUGUUGAACAUAUCGAGGAACGUACGAAAUACGCGCAAACUAAGAUAUUUUUUAUUUUAUUCCGUUAGUAAUAAUUUAAUAAUAAUAAUAAUAAUAAUAAUAAUAAUAAUAAUAAUAAUAAUUAAUGAUAACGAUUACGCGGAUGAUCCUCGUUUGUGUUCUCUGCGUUCGUUGAAAGUACGACGGGACACUUUUCUUUUUUAUCCACGCGUUUCUCUCCUUCACGGAAAAUCAAAAUACGAGGUCGCCGUUGUUCGAAAAAAAAGGGAAAAGUAAUAGAAGAAGAAGAUAAUUUAAUGGCUCCUUUAUACGCACACAUUUAUCAGUAAUUUAUUCGUCGGUAAGUACUUCGACCAUCGUAUAUUUUAGGAAGGAUUCUUCGUAACGUUUCUCCACUCUUUUUCGAGGGUAUAUUUUCAUCUUUCUCUUUCUAAAUAUCUUUACUCGAGCCUUCUAUCCCCGUUCUCUAUCGCGCACAAUGUUACGACGUUUGACCAUACUACAAAAACUUAAAUCGCCUUUUAUAAGUGUUCUCGUCUACGGAAAAAAGAGGAAAACGUUUAAUGAUUAUAUACAUACGCACACAUAUAUACAUAUAUAUAUAUAUAUAUAUAUGUAUAUGUAUAUAUAUAUAUACAUAUGGAUGCGCAUGUGUGUAUAAAAGACGAUCUUUCUCACUCAGCUUUACUCUCUAUCAGUGGUAUUAUUAUAAUUAUUGUGUCAAAGACUGAUGUAUUUACGGGAGAAUCCCAAACACGAAGAAAAUCCCUUUGGUGAUAUUCGUUGGCGCGUGUUCGUUGCACGAACGCGAUUAAAGCGCUUAUAAUUAAUGUGUGAUCGAUAAUGUAAGAAGCAACGUCUUACUCUCUUGCGAGAUAAUUGUAAUUAUAAACGAUUAUUAUAAUCCUUGUGAUACUUUACACUUUCUACUUUGAAUACUUACGCUGUACUUAUCUACCGUCGUUUGUACUAUAAGCCAGAGAUUCUUUUAGAAUUCUUACGAACCACGUGUUUGCUCGUCGAUGAAGAUAAACCCGGCAUGAUAUGCAAUACAUAUAUGUUGUGUAAUAUCGGUAGAGACCAAAAACCAAAAAAAGAAAAAAGAGAGAAAGGGAAGCACCCCGUUCGAAUCAACGAAUUUAUGAAUUAUGUUUUAAAGCGAUACAAAUUACCCCUCCCCCGGACAACGAAGGAACUUUAAACAAAUAUCUCUUGUUUCGCGCUAAUCGUUCAAUCGAUUCGUUUCAUUCGAACUUCCUUUUCGAUGAUUAGAAUCUAAAAAUGUUGCGACGAUUCCGUCGCGAUAACGUCGUUUAUCUCUAUGUAAGAUAGGUACAUGAAUAUAAUUAAUCGGGAAGAGCUUCAUCGGCGAACGACAGAUUAGGAAAAAGUAUUCAUUUUCUCGUAUAUAACGUAACGUUCGCGAGUCGACAACCUCGAGAGAGUUCGUCCACUCUUUGCCUUCCAAAACUUCUUACUCGCUCGCUUUAUUCUCCUUCAUUUCUAUAAUGUCUUUGAUCUCUUCGACUCUUUUACAUUACAUAUAUACAUAUAUACAUAUAUACAUAUAUAUAUAUAUAUAUAUAUAUAUAUAUAUAUAUAUCAUGUUACACUACGACCAAACGAGCAGGAAAAAAGCAUAUCCUGCUUAUCGAAGCGUAUUUUCGAUGUAGUCAAAGGGUAUUUGCGAUAAAAAAGAAAAGAAAAAAAAUCGAAAAAAAAUAACAAAAAAACAAAAAGUAAAACAAAAAAAAAACAACAAAAAAAAGAUCAUUUCUUUUCUCUUCUUCUUGUUAAUAGAUACCAAAAGAAUUUAUUGCCUUUAUACGAAAUGUCGGGCACCGUGUUACGCACUUCGGUGAUGUAGUACCGAGCUCUUUAUAUAAAUUACAAUAAAAUUGUUACACUUAUCAAAACAAACAAGGCGAAAAUACAGAAAAAAGAUACAAUUUCUCUUUAUCGUUCAUAUGGAGUAUUGUUACGUAUAUCGAAAGAAAGAUGAAUUAUUAUUGAUUAAUAUUAAA